ACUUACCUUGGGAAGGGGACUAUGAAAGAAGUGUUGGAGAUACCUGAGACGAGCAAAGUUCAGCGCUCGCUUUCGUUCAACGGGGAGACCGAGAAGAAGGAUGACGUGGGUGUCGAGGAAAAGGAUGGUGAAGGGACGAAGGAUGACGUGGGUGUCGAGGAAAAGGAUGGUGAAGGGACGAAGGAUGACGUGGGUGUCGAGGAAAAGGAUGGUGAAGGGACGAAGGAUCAAUUGGAAGAGGAUGUUGAUGAUGUAGAGAGUGUCCCUUCACUUAAUCUAUCAGAAGAGAAGGUCGUUGUUCCAACUAAGGUGGUUGUUUCUGAUGAUUCGUUUGAGGUUAUGAACUUUUGGGGAGAAGAUCUCUCCGCUAUUGUAAAAGAGGAAGUUGAGCAGACAGUGAAGGAUGAUUUUGAUGAUGCUGCGUUCGAAAGAUUCAAAGAAUCUGGAGGGAAGGUGAUUGGUCCGUUCACUGUGAAGAAGGGUUACUCAAAUCAACAGUACGAGUUGUUCCGUUACAUUUUCUCUAGCGCCAAUGAUCCGAGUGAAGUGUUAGCCCAUUUUGGGAAGGUUGAGGUCGAGCGGAUGUAUUUCAAAUGCAUGAAACCGGAGACCGAUAUAUCAAAUGUUGUCAUUGAUUGCUUUGCUCAAAUCAUGAAUUUUCGAGAGAAGAAGCGCAACGGCAUUGGAAGUAAGAGAACUUGGUUUAUGCCCACCGGAAUUUCGGUAUGA